AUGCAAGAAUUUCAUGCCUUUGAAGUACAACCCGGCAAGGAACACGCUCUAACACUGCCACCUCUUCACGGCUUUCAUCUCUCCGUCGUGUCGAUCCCGCACGCUGGCAAGGGACGCAGCACACUGUACGUGACGGUGGACGGCAAGUCUUACGCCAUCGCGACUCUUGAUGCGUCUCAGGGCAUCCUUCAGAACGCAACGGAUCUCAUUUUUAACGAGGCGCAAAAGGUGAUUUUUCGUGUGAAAGGAAAUGCGCCGCUGCAUUGCUGUGGAUACCGACAGGAACUCGAUGUGGACUUCCACGACGCCAAUGACAGAGACGGCAGCGUUGAUGAUGGUCCGAACGCCGUGCCUAUGAACGGGGGGAAGGACAAGGAGGAAGAAGAGGAAGACGAGGAAGAAGACGAGGAAGAAGACGAGGAGGAUUACGAGGAGGAAGACAAGGAAGAGGACAAGGAGGAUGACAUUGUUCUGCACGACCCGACGCAGGCACCGCAGAACGACUACCAAGGCGACAAGAGUGAGGAUUAUGACACUGAUCAUGAGGAGGAGGAAGAUGAAGACGAAGAGGAGAUGGACGAUGAUGAAGUGCAACCGAUGAAGCGGGCCAAGCCUGAAGAGAAUUCACAGAGCCAAAAAAAGCCGCAGCAGGCGCAGAGCCCUCAGAACCGACCCAGCAAUCAGCAGAAGCCGCAGCAGGCGCAGAGCCCUCAGGGCCGACCCAGCAAUCAGCAGAAGCCGCAGCAGGCGCAGAGCCCUCAGGGCCGACCCAGCAAUCAGCAGAAGCCGCAGCAGGCGCAGAGCCCUCAGGGCCGACCCAGCAAUCAGCAGAAGCCGCAGCAGGCGCAGAGCCCUCAGAACCGACCCAGCAAUCAGCAGAAGCCGCAGCAGGCGCAGAGCCCUCAGAACCGACCCAGCAAUCAGCAGAAGCCGCAGCAGGCGCAGAGCCCUCAGAACCGACCCAGCAAUCAGCAAAAGCCGCAGCAGGCGCAGAGCCCUCAGAACCGACCCAGCAAUCAGCAAAAGCCGCAGCAGGCGCAGAGCCCUCAGAACCGACCCAGCAAUCAGCAGAAGCGUGGUCGCGAAUAG